CGUCUCAGAGAUUAACGGUGAACACGAGCAAAGCUCUCUGGCUCCUGUUACUGUGAAGAUCACACACAAUACACGUCACUGUGUUUGCCAGUAAAGGAGAAACCUUAUAAGGAUAUCUGACAAAUUUGCUUGCUGAACAAGACAAUGUCUGACAAGACCAAGAACCAAACCUCAGAGCUUCCUGAUGCACACAGAGAUGAAGAUUACUCUGAUGUAGUGAAAGAUGAGAUAAUAGAAGAUCUGGUUUUGACGUGUCAGGUGGAAGACCCAGAUGAGGAAACCAGUGACCGUAUCAGCUCAGAUAAAGAUAACUCUGAUGUAGUGAAAGAUGAGAUAACAGAAGAUCUGGUUUUGACGUGUCAGGUGGGAGACCCAGAUGAGGAAACCAGUGACAGUAUCCGCUCAGGUGAAGAUAACACUGAUAUAGUGACAUUUGUCAUAACAGAAGAUAUAUUUGGAAGACAACAGCUGGGAGCAAAAGAUGAGGAGACCAGAGACCUCAUCAGACAAGGUGCAGAUAACGCUGAUUUAGUGAAGGUUGAGAUAACAGAAGAUCAGGUGAAGACUGAGGAGGAUGAAGUUCCUAUAAAUACGGCUACAGGUGAAUUUAAAAACCGCAGUAAUCUUAGUCAUGGUGAACGUACCAAUACUUGUGACAAUCUUCAAAAUCAAAGAAGCCAUGUGGAAAAUGAGAACUCAAGUCUUAUUAGACAUCAGAAAAUUAAUUCAGGACAGAAAGCAUUUUUAUGUUCUAAUUGUGGGGAAUGUUUUACAAAUAAAUCAACUCUUAUUAGUCAUCAGAAAAGUCAUACAGGGAAGGAAGCAUUUUCAUGUUCUCACUGUGGAAAAUGCUUUACUGAGAAAUUAAGUCUUAAUAGACAUCAGAAAAUUCAUACAAGAGAGAGAGAAUUUUUAUGUUCUAUUUGUGGGAAAUGUUUUACUGAGAAAGGAAAGCUUACUAAACAUCAGAAAAUUCAUUCAGGAGAGAAAGCAUUUUUAUGUUCUAAUUGUGGGAAAGGUUUUACUGACAAAGGAAAUCUUAUUAAGCAUGAGAAAAUUCAUACAGGAGAGAAAGCAUUUUCGUGUUCUUAUUGUGGGAAAUGUUUUACUGAGAAAACAACUCUUACUAAGCAUCAGAAAAUUCAUACAGGAGAGAAAGCAUUUUUAUGUUCUGAAUGUGGGAAAUGUUUUGCUCAGAAGCCACAUCUUAUUUCACAUCAGAAAACUCAUACAGGAGAAAAAGCAUUUUCAUGUUUUAAAUGUAGCAAAUGUUUUGCUAGGAAAGCACAUCUUAUUAAUCACCAGACAACUCAUACAGGUGAGAAAGCAUUUUCAUGUUCUGAAUGUGGAAAACUUUUUUCUAAGAAAGAAACUCUUAAUAAGCAUAAGAAAAUUCAUACAGGGGAAAAAGGAUUUCUGUGUUCUCAAUGUGGGAAAUGUUAUUCUCGGAAAACAGAUCUUAAUAAUCAUGAGAAAAUUCAUAUUAAAAGAAAUCUGGAAGAUCAGAGCAUGACUUCUUAAAGAAAUAGUGUACACUAAUAAUUCCCCCUUAAUGUUUUCCCAAUUAUCCAUUUACCUACUUGAGUGUUUUAAAUUUUGUACAAAUAGCUUUUAUCCUUUCUUUUCUUGUUUGAAAUAGAUAAUUCUGCCUAUUGUUUCCCCACCUAUAUUAAACAUUUUUUAACUUAAAGGGACAGUGUACACCAAUUUUCAUAUAACUGCAUGUAAUAGACUCUACUACAAAGAAUAAUAUGCACAGAUACCGAUAUAAAAACCCAGUAUAAAACUUUUUAAAAACUUCGAAGCUCCCAGUUUAUCUCUGUUGAAAAGGUUAGCUGGAACACCCACUGAAGUGGUUGUAUACCAACAAGAGAAGACACUCCCCCCUCCCUUCCUCUGCAUAUGAAAAGACUAUUUACACAAACAGGAGCAAGCUGGAGUAGGUAUACAUCAGUAUACUUCUACAACGUUGGGCUUGGUUAGGAGUCUGAAA